AUGUCUGGCAUUCAAGAAGUCUCCCCUCGACAAACCUCCGCUUCCGACCCGAGUCUCGACACUGGCGAGCAGGUUCUCCAGUUGAUCUCCAAUCCCUUUCAGGCUUCUUUGCAAACCAACGCUUUUUGGGCCUCCCUUGGGACUUCACUCGGAAUUACCGCUGGCCUCGCCCUCCUGUUCUGUUUAAUUCGUCCACGAAACACUCUCGUUUAUGCUCCCAGGCUCAAAAAUGCGGACAAAGAUCACGCUCCUCCGCCACUGGGCAAGGGGUUAUUCAGUUGGGUCAAACCGGUCAAUAAAGCAAGCGAAAGUUAUUUGAUGGAAAAGAUCGGCAUGGAUGCUGUGGUCUUUUUGAGAUUCACCCGAAUGCUCCGCAACAUUUUCCUGGUACUCGGCCUGAUCGGAAUUGCCAUUAUGAUACCUGUCAACGUGACCCAGGGCAAUAAGGAAAUCUCCAGUGACUCCUCCGCCUUCGCAAUUAUGACACCUUUGUUUAUUUUCGGUGGGGGACUAUGGGCUCAGGUGGUGGUCGCAUGGCUAAUCGAUUUGGUCGUCAUUUAUUUCCUCUGGCACAACUACCGGCGAGUUCAUCGGCUGCGACGUGCUUACUUUGAGAGCCCAGAAUAUCAAACAAGUCUCCACGCCCGGACAUUGUUGAUUCGAGACAUUCCGGCGGCCUCCCGAAGCAAUGAAGGUAUAGCCCAAAUUACCGACGAAGUCAAUCCCACUGGUGUGGUCCCCAAGACCACCAUUGGACGCAAUGUUAAGGUUUUGCCCGACUUGAUCAAAGAGCAUGAAGAAAACGUCCGGAAACUUGAGUCCAUCUUGGCCAAGUACAUGAAGAAUCCUGGCAAACUUCCCGCUCAUCGACCGAUGAUGAAGGCACCAAGCAAAUAUAAGGGUCAUAUCUCAAAUGGCAAGGUCGAUGCUAUUGACUAUCUGACCGACCGCAUUCGAGCAUUGGAAAUGGAAAUAUCUGAUGUACGAGACCGAGUGGACAAUCGAGAUCCCAUGCCGUACGGCUUCGCCAGUUGGGAUCAAAUAUCCCAGGCUCAUACCGUCGCAUUUUCUGCCCGCAGUAAGCGACCACAAGGGACCAAAAUUCAAUUGGCACCCAGACCAAACGAUCUCAUUUGGGACAAUUUGAAGCUCUCCCGAGCAACCCGAAAAACAAAACGCUACAUGAAUGCCGUAUGGAUCACGGUCUUGACCAUUCUUUGGACCCCGAUCAACGCCGGGAUUGCAGUUUUCUUGUCCAAUCUCUCGAACCUGGGUCUGGUUUGGCCAGCAUUUAAAACGCAGCUCGAAGCCCAUCCGACAGGUUGGGCUAUUGUCCAGGGUAUCGCUGCUCCGGCGAUCACGUCGAUUGUUUAUCUGGUUCUUCCCGUCAUCUUUCGGCGACUACAAGUUCGUGCGGGGGACGUCACGAAAACCGAACGUGAACGCCAUGUGCUUCGAAAUUUGUACAGCUUCUUCACCCUCAACAAUCUGAUUGUCUUUUCCAUCUUCUCUGCCGUCUGGCAGUAUGUGACCAUCGUGAUCCAAUACAACAAAGAAGGAAAUGAUACUUGGACUUCCCUGCAAGAAGGCCGUUUCUUCCUGGUGAUUACCACCGCGCUCUGUCAGAUCUCGCCCUUCUGGGUCACCUGGCUCCUUCAACGAAACCUCGGUGCCGCUGUCGAUCUCGCACAACUUUGGCAUCUGACCAAUGUUUGGUUUGCCAGGAAAUUCAUGGCACCCACACCUCGCCAAAAUAUUGAAUGGACAGCACCGCCGCCAUUCGAGUACGCCAGCUAUUACAAUUAUUUCCUCUUUUAUACGACGGUGGCUCUUUGCUUUUCCACCCUUCAGCCGAUCGUGCUGGUCGUGACCGCUCUUUAUUUCUCACUCGACGCUUUUCUCAAAAAAUACCUUCUGAUGUAUGUGUUUAUUACCAAAACGGAAUCCGGCGGUCAAUUCUGGGUCACCAUGUUCAACCGAAUUGUCUUUGCUGUCAUCCUUUCGAAUGUGGUGAUUGGUGUGGUUGUGAAGGCGCGAGGAGAAUGGACGCUGGUCGCUGCCAUCGCCCCAUUGUUGGUCAUUAUGAUUGCCUUCAAGUGGUAUUGCAUGAGGACGUUUGACCUGGACUUGAAAUACUAUGUUCGAGGUGGUAUGCCGGAUCAAGAACGUCUGGCCGCAGAUGGCAAGCCCAACAAAGCCGAAAAGAUUUCGGCCAAAUUUGGUCAUCCGGCAUUGUACAAGCCAUUGAUGACACCAAUGGUCCACGCCAAAGCCAAACAUGUACUGACAGAGAUCUAUCGAGGCCGAUUGAAUUCCGAAGGGGCCCCAUCCAUGGCCUUUUCCGACAUUGCCAUGCAACCGAUGACACAAACCGGCAAACCUGAUCAGGAUGCCCCGUUUGAAAUCGUUCCCGAAUCUCAACAAGACUUUCAGUUCUAUAAAAAUCGAACAGACUUUCGCGAAGAAGCUGGUGACAUCAUCUCCGAUUCUCGAAGCCAGACACCGAUUUCGUUCAUGGCCAAGGACCCACCGGGAAGAUCCCGAGAAGCAAGUCCAGCCCCGCGCGCAGUGCAACAAAUACACAGUAUCCCGCGCAAACUGCUCGACCAGACUCACGUGCCAAGUCAAUUCAGAAGAUCCGUGCCUCCAACUGCUGAUGGAGGUGAUCUAGGCAUGCGCCAACCGACUUAUGCGGAUCCCUAUGACGACCGAACAAAUUUACUCAAUGACGGGGGAGACGUCAGAACUCCCAACGAAGAAUUCAUAUCCCUUGAUCGAUGGCAGACAUCCAGUAGAGACGGAAGCAUUCCUCGCGGGUAUCGAGAUAAUAGCGCCACAAAUACCCCGGCCGAAGAGUUGAAUUCGGGAUAUGAUUAUUUCAGAGGCAGGAGAUGA